CAACAAGUUGUCGUUGUUCUUUGUAAACAAAAACAAUUUUUUUUUUGCGCCAAAUCAAAUUUUUCAAAUAAAUACAAAUUAUCAUGAAAUAAAAAUUAAAUACAAAAAUGAAUUUAACACAAACAAAUGAAACAUGGUGCAUCGAAGACACCCUCUUCUAUCCAUUGGGUCUAAUCAAUCACACAACCGGCAAUAAAACUGUCUUUGUUACAUGGAAUGAAAAUUACUUGAUGAAUUUUAUUUUCAAAAAAUCCCCAGACAAUACAAAUCGUUGUAAUAAAUUUAUGAUUGAAAUCUCUGAAGAGAUUAUUGAUAUAAAAAUCUUAGAAGUCAAUACAAUAGUUUUAUUGGCAAAUGGGGAGGUUUGUUAUUUUUCAUCAAUUAAAUCAAUUCAUCGAAUUUCAUGGUUAAAAAGUGGGGUUAGAUGUGUUAGUGGAUCUUUGGCGGGAUUUAGUUUGAUUCGAAUUUUUGAAAAUAAUCGAAUCAGUUUAGAGUUGUAUCAAGAUAUACCAAAUGUUGGUAAAACUCCUCAAGAAUCUGUAAGAUCAUUUGACCUUACUUUCGACGAAAUGAAUCUCUUUGAUUCCGAUUGGAGUGAUGACAAGUUUACUCUCACUUCAAUUGCAAUUUGCGAAUCCAAUCGCAAGUUUAUAGAACUUCUGGUAAAAGAAGUUGACUUGCAAAUUGAUGAGAUUCAUAUUUUCAGUAUGGGCAAUCAAUUAUUUGCCCUUCUUCCCAAAAACGAGGAAGAUUAUGAAAUCAAAACUCUAGCUCCACAAAUUUCUCCAAUCGAAUUGGUUAAAUUUCUUGAAGAAUCAAAUAUGCUUCUAAUUUUUCUAAAUUGUGGCAUUAUUGAGGUUUGGUAUUUGUCGAGAAUUGCAUGGAUUCUCGAGAAGUACACUUACAUAAAUGGCAGCGAAUUUGUUCAUUACACAUUUGCUGGAGAUGAUGUUCUAUUUUUUACCGAUGAGCAGAGAGUAUCUCGCUUAGUAUUUAGCUAUGAUUCAGUUCAACACACUUGUCAGGUGUUGGAACAAUCUAUAAAUGCUCCAGGAAUGGUGGCAGUAACUUAUGUCGAAGAAGGCUCAAGUUUAGUCUGUUUAAGUAAUAAUAAUAUAUUUUAUCAUCUUACUUUUGAUGAUGAACAAGACGCAAAUGAGGAUCAUGAAGAUCCAGCGAUUUUUGAAUUGACUAAUGAAAAAGUCCAAGAAAUGAUGAGUAAGACAAACCAGCUCCAAGACAUUACCACAUUGCCGAUGAAGAUUGAAAAAUUAAUUGAGGAAGAGUAUAAAAUGCAAGAACUAAUUGCUGUUUGUAGAAAGAGUUCUAUAUACUCUGAUCUAAUAUCAGCGAGUAUAUCUUUUUCUCAACAUAUUCCUGAGACACAAGAAACACUUAUUUAUCCUGGAGACAAUGGAUUGCCUCCUUUUUCUUAUUUUGCUGUUGUUUCUAUUAAAAUCAUCUCGAAUGAAAUAUUCAAAUCUACAAUUUGGAGUUUGAUGAUUUCAUAUUUGAAUAAUAAUCGCCUCCUGCGGAUUACUCCAGAUCUUCUUCAACAAAAAUUCAGUAUUCUCAUUCCAAUUUUAAGAAACCGAGAUGAAUUAAUUCCUGAAUUUGAAAUUCAUCUGCUGACUCAUGUGAAUAUUGGACAAGAUUUUGUUUGCAUUAACAUUCCGGUAAAGAUACAAGAUUUCGAUGUGAAGAAAUUAUUUUCACGGAAUCAAGGACUUCGACAACGAUCAAAGACUUCGAAUACUACAAUUCCUUUCACAUUCAAAAUCACCUCACCACAAAUUCAUGUGAAACAUGUUUAUGAAAUUUUUGGUUUAUUUGAACCAAAAACCAGUGAGAAUCUAGAAGAUGAGAUACUAGUUGAGAAUCUUUAUUUUCUUGGUGAAAAAGUUGGAAUAUACUUUUGUGAACCAACAAAUACAAUUAAUGUCGAGUCACAAGAUCCAGUUGCUAUUUAUUAUGCAAAAGUUUGUUUGACAAAAUAUCUUUGGGAGAAUUUUGAAAAAACAACAGAUGAUUUGGAUGAGUUGAGGAAGAGUCUUUUGGAAAUACAAUGUCAAAUUGAAAAGAAAUAUGGAUCAUUAACUGAAGGAGAAAUGCAUAUGGAAAAUCUUAAGAGAAUUUAUGAAAAAUUUAGAAAGGAUAUAGUAUGGAAGUUUUGA